CGUAUCGGUCGUAUGCAUCGGACAUUGGCAUAUUUCUGAUCGGGGAAAAUGCUAGAGAAAAAAAUCUAAAAAAUAAUAAUAAAAGAAAAAAACUUCAGUGCAAAAAAAUUAUAAUAAACAGAGAAGCAGAAAAAUGACGAUCGUCGAAGUUGAUAAAGGACCCACAUUGGGCAUGCGUCACGUGCAGGCACUUUUGAUAUUCUUGAAUAUUGUGGUGGUCUACAUCAGUCGUUUAAAUAUCGGCGUGGCUGUGGUGGCUAUGACAAAUGCAGAAACAACAAAUCCCAAUUUUGCGGAAUUCGAUUGGAAUGAAAAAGAAAUCUCCUAUAUUCUAUCCAGUUUCUAUUGGGGUUACGUUUUCACUCAGUUCCCGGGUGGAGCAUUAUGUAAACUCUUCGGUGCCAAAUUAACGAUGGGUCUAUCAACGUUUUUCUCUGCUGUUCUGAGUGCAGCAACACCGGCUGCAGUCACCUGGGGUGGAUGGCAAGCGUUCUGUGCAAUUCGUGUGAUACAGGGUCUCUUUCAGGGUAUGUUAUUCCCCUGCAUACACGAACAUUUGGCCAAGUGGUCCCCGCUACAGGAACGGAAUCGUUUGGGUGCCUUAAGUCAUACUGGCAUUGAAUGUGGUACAGUUUUGGCAAUGGCCAUUACAGGUCUAAUUGCUGAAGGGCCACUGGGUUGGCCGGGUAUUUCAUAUGUUUCAGCUGGUCUGUGCUUUGCAUGGUGCAUAUUUUGGUUUAUAUUCUCCGAUAAUAAUGCCACCGAAUCACGUUUCAUAAAAGAGACGGAAAAGAAUUACAUUGAAUCAUCAAUGGAACAUGCCGAAGAUUUCCACAAGAAAAAGAUUCCAAUACCAUGGAAGGCUAUAUUCCUGUCGAUACCCUUCAAUGCCCUCUUGGUGGCCCGUUGUGCCGAGGGUUGGGGUCUGGCAACGUUGCAGGCUCAAAUUCCCUCCUAUUUGCAUGGUGUAUUGGGCAUGGAAAUAAAAUCAAAUGCCUUAUACUCGGCCUUGCCCUUCCUGGCCAUGUGGGCAAUGUCGUAUGUCUAUGUUUUGACGGCAGAUAUUUUGCAGCGCAAAAAGAUUCUAACAUUGUCGGCCAUUAGAAAAAUCAUAAAUAGCUGUGCAUUUUGGAUACCGGCAGUUGGUCUAAUUGCAAUUGGUUUCUUGGAUGAGGGCAAGAAAACGUUGGCCAUAGUUCUGAUGACCAUAAGCGUGGGAGUGAAUAGUGGAGCCACAAUCGGCAGUUCUUUGAAUACCAUUGAUUUGUCGCCAAAUCAUGCUGGUAUUUUGAUGGGCAUUGUCAAUACCAUUGCCAAUUUUAUGCCUUUGAUAUCACCGCUGGUGGUGGGAGUGAUUGUCACAGAUUCGAGCAAUCGCACCGAAUGGCAGGUUGUUUUUGCCAUUUCAUCAAUAAUCUUCUUUGUAGGAAAUUUGAUAUACAUUAUAUGGGGCACAGCCGUUGCCCAACCCUGGGAUGCUGAAGAUUUCCUUUUGCCCAAAGAUGCGGAGACAUCGUCUAAUUAUGAAACCACCAAAACUCCAGCCAUAGAAAAUAGUAAAGGAUCAUCGAAAUAAAUUAAUCGACAACAAUAACCAUUAGUUUAUAAGUAGUUGUAAUUUUGUACAGAACUUAUUUUAUAUUGUAAAAAUAAAGUUAAAGUUAAAUUUAUAUAUUUACAUAUUUCAUCGAGGUUAAAAAAAUGCAGAAAUAUUCGAAAGUAAAUUUCUGAAAGUGCAUGUUCAUUGAGUCCAUCUACAUAUAUAAAAGACUAUCUACAUAUAAAAAAGAUGGAAAUAUUUGUACGUUUGAUUGUUUGCUUGUAGUUUAUAGACUAAAGAAACUAAACAUUUUCCACAUAUACUACAGCAUCACCUGAAAGUAACAUAGGCUAUAUAAAUUUUAGAAAUU